GAAAAUAGGUCGGCAGCCACGAUAACAUACCCCGUUUCCGCACCGCCGGGACGGGUUGCUUAUCGCCAGUGGCUGGGAGGGAAUAUGGAUUGUAUCUGUUUCUGAGGAGGGCUGCAUGUGUUGCGGGGAGAGUAGUAUCUUUAAAAAGGUUGCGGGCUGCUGUGGCGUGCAGGUCCAUAAAGUCUAUCUCCCAAAGGCCCGGCCUCCAGAUCCCUUCCCACAGACAGCCAGACAAAAAUGGGCCUCCCCAAGCUCCGCCUGCGCGUGGCCCGCCCGCCCGGCGCCGACGAGGUCCGGGGCCGCGACGCCCUGCUGGACAACGAGGACCUGCGGCCCCUGCGCCUCGCCGACCGCACCUGGGGCUUCUGGACCUACUGCACCUUCUGGUUCUCCGCCGUCGCCACCGUCACCAACUGGUACGGCGCCGCGGCGGGGCAGGCCCUCGGCCUCGGCAUGUGGGAGUCGCUCGCCUGCGCCACGGGCGGGCAGCUCCUCAUCGCCGUCGUCAUGGCCCUCAACGGCCGCCCGGGCGCCACCUACCACGUGGGGUUCCCCGCGGUCAACCGCGCCGCCUUUGGCGUCUUUGGCGCCCUCUGGCCGACCCUGAACCGCGCCCUCAUGGCCACGGUCCGGAACGGCGUGAACAUGGUGCAGGGCGGGCACGCCGGCAUGAUCGGCCUGGCCGUCUUCUUCGUCGUCACGUGCGGGUUCCUGCUCGUCCCGGUCCCCAAGAUGCGCGGGCUCGUCUACGCCAAGCUGGCCGUCUUUGCCGUCUCGGCCACGGCCAUGCUGGCCUGGACCGUCACAAAGGCCGGCGGCCUCGGCCCCGUCAACUGCGCAACCUUUGCCAACAACGCCGCCGACUUCCAGCGCUACGCCAAGAGGCCCUCGGACGUCAUCCUCGGCAACGUCGUCGGCUUCCCGCUGUCCAACUUCCUCGUCGGCCUCGUCGGCGACCUCGUCUGCGCCUCGUCCCAGCCCAUCUUCGGCGAGCUCGUCUGGAACCCCGUGACGCUGCUGGACCGCAUCCAGACGGCCGACUACACGCCCGCCAACCGGGCCGGGUGCUUCCUCAUCGCCCUGUGCUUCGCCUACUCGGCCAUGUUCUCGUCCAUAUUCGAAAACUCGCUUCCGGCCGGCAACGACAUCGCGGCCCUGCUGCCCAGGUACCUCACCGUCCGCAGGGGGUUCUUCGUCUGCGCCACCGCCAGCCUGGCUCUCAACCCGUGGUACCUGCUCGGCUCCGCGGCCGUGUUUGUGUCCUUCAUGGCCUCGUACCAGAUCUUCCUGAGCGCCAUCACGGGCGUCCUGCUGGUGCACUACUACGUCGUCGCGCGGGGCCGCCUCGACAUACCCGCCUGCUUCACCGCCGACAGGGACGGGCCGUACUACUACCGCCACGGUUGGAACUAG